AGCCGGUGCGCGCCGCCAUUGUGGCCAGUUCGAUCGGUAUCGGGAGCGGAGAGCGGAGCUCAGCGAGCCCGGAGCAGGGAGCAGCCCCCCCCCCCACGGCCGGCCUCAGUCACCAUCAAACCGCGGGAGGCGGCGCAAACAGCAGUCACCACCACCGUCCGCACCGAACAGCCGCCGCCAUGAGCAGCGAGGCCGAGACCCAGCCGCCCGCCGCCCCCGUCCCCGCGGCGGCCCCCGCCGCCCCCGCCGACUCCAAGCCAAACGGCGGGACCGGGAACGGGGGCAGCGGCCUGGCCUCGGCGGCGCCUCCCGCUGGCGGGGACAAGAAGGUCAUCGCAACGAAGGUUUUGGGAACAGUGAAAUGGUUCAACGUGAGGAACGGUUACGGCUUCAUCAACAGGAAUGACACCAAGGAAGAUGUUUUUGUCCAUCAGACUGCCAUAAAGAAGAAUAACCCCAGGAAGUACCUCCGCAGCGUAGGAGAUGGAGAGACCGUGGAGUUUGAUGUGGUUGAGGGAGAAAAGGGCGCGGAGGCAGCCAAUGUCACAGGACCUGGUGGAGUUCCAGUGCAGGGCAGUAAAUACGCAGCAGAUCGUAACCAUUACAGACGAUAUCCACGUCGUAGGGGUCCUCCACGCAACUACCAGCAAAACUAUCAGAACAGUGAGAGUGGGGAAAAGAACGAAGGAGCAGAGAACAUCCCAGAAGGCCAAGCCCAGCAGCGCCGUCCCUAUCGCAGGCGGCGGUACCCACCUUACUAUAUGCGUAGGCCCUACGGGCGUCGUCCACAAUAUACCAACCCUCCCGUACAGGGAGAGAUAGUGGAGGGUGCUGACAACCAGGGUGCAGGAGACGGCAGACCAGUCAGGCAAAACAUGUACCGGGGUUACAGACCAAGAUUUCGCAGCUUGACUUUCAGGGGUCCUCCUCGUCAAAGACAGCCCAGAGAGGAUGGAAAUGAAGAAGAUAAAGAGAACCAAGGGGAUGAAACCCAAAGUCAGCAGCCACCUCAACGUCGGUACCGCCGUAAUUUCAACUACCGACGCAGACGCCCAGAGAACCCUAAACCACAAGAUGGCAAAGAGACGAAGACAGCCGAACCACCAGCUGAGAACACGUCCGCUCCCGAGGCUGAGCAGGGCGGGGCUGAGUAAAUACCGGCUUAACAUCUCUACCAUCAUCCGG